AUGCGGGCACAGGCUGAUCCUUGGUUCUCAGAAUACCUACUAAGGAUAGGCAAUGGAACUGAAGAGACAAUUGGCGACGAUUAUGUCCGUCUCCCCGAGGACAUUGUCAUUGGCUAUACCGAGGAUGAAAAAGCUAUUAACAUGCUCAUCGAAGAUGUCUUCCCAUCUUUGCAGGCCAAUGCUAGAUCGAGAGAGUACAUGAGUGCACGUGCUAUUCUUUCAACCAAGAACGAUCAUGUCGAUGACCUGAAUGACAAAAUGAUCUCCAGGUUUCCAGGCGAAGAAAAGUUAUACCAUAGUUUUGACUCAAUUGAGGAUGACUUGCAGAAUAAUUACACAUUUGAUUUUUUGAACUCAGUCACACCAAAUGGCUUGCCCCCGCAUGUUUUGAAAUUAAAGGUCAAUUGUCUAGUCAUUCUGCUCCGGAACCUCGACCCUCAUAAUGAUCUAUGCAAUGGAACACGGCUUAUGACCAGAGCCUUUCAGGAUAAUGCAAUCGAUGCGGAGAUUGUUGGUGGUCAGCAUGCUGGAAAGAGGGUGUUUAUACCUAGGAUCCCUAUGUCACCCUCAGAGGACACCUCACUUCCUUUCAAACUUAAGAGAAAACAGUUCCCCAUCCGCCUGAGUUUUGCCAUGACAAUUAACAAGGCACAGGGUCAGACCAUCCCAAAUGUCGGCAUUUACCUUCCCGAGCCAGUAUUCUCACAUGGGCAGCUAUAUGUUGCAUUGUCAAGAGGAGUGUCGAGAGAGACGACACGGAUUUUGGCCAAGCCAAACAAGGAUGUUGAUAAAUCCGGGAAAAGCACCAAGAACAUUGUCUACAGAGAUGUUUUGGAGAGAUGA